UGGCAGUCUGGACACACCCAUCGUCACGAUCCACACCGCCAAAACCAUGGGAAUGAUCGCGGCCUAUGUGGCUGCCGACGCCUAUGGACUGAAGUGGCCCUUUGGCAACCUCAAAGAUGAGUUCCUGUUCAAAGACGUCAAUAUGGCGCUGAACCUGCUCCAUCAUGAGAAAGAGUACAAACGGUUUCUGGACAAGGGCGCCCUCGGGCCCCAGCGCAUCAGCCGGCUGGUGACGGAAGAAACCCAGCGCCGAGAGCGCGAAAACGCCCGGUCGUCCUACUACAGCCAGGCGGCGCCGAUUUCUCCGCUAAAGUCACCGCAGCCCUCAGGUGCCUCGGUCCCGCCGGCCAAAGAAAAGUCGCAGACGGUCAGCCCCAAAUGGCUGCCGACCCCGACGUACGCCCAGGGCAACCAGAAGCCGGCAUCGGUGUAUUCCCACCAUCGGAGCCAUGGCGACGCAAUCAAUGGCUUCAAGGAUGCCUCGGAGACAAACGAUCAGCCCCCUCCUCCCGGCAGCACCGCCCGUCCGUCCUACAUGAUGCCGAGCCAAAGCCAUGUCUUGCCGCCGACAUCGUUGCCCUAUCCAGGAUCGCAGACCAGCCGACCUGGCUCGUACUGCAAGGCCCGUCCCGCCUAUGCCACCCACGGAUACCACCCAUACAAUGUCCAGGCCCGGAUACAUCCUGCCCGACACACGCCCGUGGGCCACCUGCACCAGCCUCCUCCUCCUGUUGGAGCCCCGCCGGUCCAGCCCCCUCCUCCUCCACCCGUCUCGGUGCUGGAGUCUGAUACCCAUCGAGCCCUCGAGAAUCAAGUCUCUGCGGCGCUGUAAUCGGACCAUCCCACGCAAGCCCGUCUCGCCUGCGCUCGUUCCAGGCAGCUUCCGGUGGCCUUGCUUU